CCAUUGCGCCGUUCAGUCGUUCUGUGCCGAAAGCAGGGUCGAAAAACAACACCUAAAAAUAGUUUUUAUGAAGUUUUUUAAAAGAUCAAAAGAAUUUUUUCAAAAAAUUUUUAGUUCAAAAGAUAUGGAGGGUGACGAUGUUGAGCCCAGUGAUCUAUUGUGCUUCAUCACGGAGGAGCUGCAGACAAAAUUCCAAGCAGCCACUGAUAUGGCGGAAAAGUCGCAAAUAAUUCAAGAUUUUCUCAAGCGAUGGGAAAGUGAUAGAGCUUUGGAUGUGUUGCGAAAACAAAAGUUUGAAUUCGAAAAGGAUUUGGACUGGUUUAAUGUGAGUCAUCAUCUCACCUUGGAGGGUCUGCGUGGAAAGUUGCUGGUCUUGGAUUUCUUCACCUAUUGUUGCAUAAACUGCAUGCACAUACUGCCCGAAUUGAAUAAUCUGGAAAAGCUGUAUCCCAUCGAAAGGGGUCUAGUGGUGGUGGGAGUACACAGCCCCAAAUUCGAGAAUGAAAAGGAUGCUGUAAACAUUUUGGCAGCCGUGCAACGUUAUGGAAUUGAACAUCCCAUUGUCAAUGAUCCGACCAUGUCGUUGUGGCGCAGCAUUGGCGUACGUUGUUGGCCCACUUUAAUUGUAUUGGCACCCACUGGAGCCCCAAUGCUGAUGUUAAUGGGUGAAGGCCAUGGUAUUUUUAUGGAACAUUUUACCGAGCAGGCUUUGCGAUUUUUUGCACAGAAAAAGGAAUUGAAAGAUUUCUCAAUACCCAUAAGACCAUCGAUUGAUCUGUUGCCAGCCUCCAAGCUUAAAUUUCCGGCAAAAAUAGCUCGCAGUGAAGAUGGUCGAUUUGCAAUUGCCGAUGCCGGCAAUCAUCGCAUUGUGGUCUUUAAUAUUCAAGGUGAUGUUUUGCACAAAAUUGGUUGUGGAUCCAGCGGCCUCGUCGAUGGUCAUACAAGUGUGGCUCGCUUUAACUGUCCUCAAGGUGUGACGUUCCUUAACAACGAAAUUUUGAUAGUGGCCGAUACCGAAAAUCAUGCUUUGCGUCAAGUGAAUCUAAGGACACAAACUGUGGAAACUUUGGCUGGUACUGGCCAACAAGGCCAUGAUCGUACCGGAGGCAAAAUAGGUCCCUUGCAACAGAUUUCUUCACCUUGGGACGUGGCUGUAUAUCGGACACGUGACAUGGAUAUGUCAUUCCAUUUGGAUGAGCAAAAUGUGCCCGAAAAGACUAUAAUACUCAGCUCAAUGGCGGGUACUCAUCAGAUAUGGGGUUACUUUCCUGAAGGCAUGAUAUGGUGGAAAUUCCGUAAAUUUGAACCACGUACUUGUGUCUCUUUAAUUGGCAAUGGUAUGGAAGAGAAUCGCAAUAACUCCUAUCCCCAGAAUGCAGCAUUUGCCCAGCCAUCGGGUUUGGCUAUUGCCAAGGAUUUCUUGUAUGUUGCGGAUAGUGAAAGUUCCAGCAUUCGUAAGGCUUCACUGGUGGAUGGCAAAGUUUUGGGUGUUGUGGGAGGAGAUCGAAAUCCACAGAACCUCUUCGCCUUUGGCGAUGAAGAUGGCAAACAGUUUUCGGCAAAACUUCAACAUCCCCUUGGCAUAUGCUACAAUCACUUUGAUGGCAAGAUCUAUAUAGCCGAUACCUAUAAUCAUAAAAUCAAAGUUAUUGACACGGAAAAUAGCGCCAUUGAUACCUGCAACAUUCUCAGACAAGAUGGUGCUGCCAAGCAGCUGUUUAAUGAGCCAGCCGGUUUAUGCUUUGAUGCUACGGGCCAAUAUCUACUUAUUUCGGACACAAAUAAUCACCAGUUGAUAUGUGUAGAUAUGUAUACAUCAACAGCGCAACAAUUUCCCUUGAAAUUUCCCUGGUGUCCCGGCGAAGAAGAAUGUGUCAUCGAUGGCCCAUUGCGCACAGGUCUUGAGAUUGUAAGGCAAUUGCCUUUGACCAAAUGCAAACAGAUUAAACUAUUGGUGUCUGUGACACUGGACCAAAAUCUGAAAUUUACUGCCGAAGCCCCACAAAAAUGGAGUUUGAACAGUGCCAAUAGCGCUCUAAAGUCACUGAAUACGCGUGGCUCUUUAACCAAUGGCAAAUUUGAUAUUUUACUGCAACGCGUGGACAUGGCCAAUGUGAACAUACCACGAGAAGAUUUAAAAUUAGACUUGUCCCUGAGUCUAUGCGAUGCCAAAAGUUGUCUAAUGAAACGCUUUGCAGUGAUUCUUAAUGAUGACGACAAUGCUCUAUCCGACAAUACAGCAUCAAACACAGAAGAAAUUGAACUUAAAUUGCACAUAACUCCCAAUAGCGUACAUAUGUUUUAAGGCGAUGUUUUUUUUUUUAAGAUUUUGUAAAUGACUAUGAGGCAUUUAGCGCUUUUUUUAUAAUGUUUAGAUAUUUGAAAUAAUGUUGACCUAUUCCAUAAUUAAAACAUACUCAUUAAUUGUAGAUUAGAGAAAAAACAACCGAAAAGUAUUUUGAUUGGACAAAGCUAACCAAUUAGUGUUAAAAAAUUAUUAAUUUCAUAUGUGGCCAUACCAUCAAUAAAGUGGACUUAUGUUUAACACAA